GGAAGAAUAUUUUGCCUCAUGUUAAACAUAUCUAUGUUUUUGGUCGGCGGAUGCGGAUGUAAUAUUCCCCGUUCGCUACUUCCGGUCCUCUUUUGCUAACCUCCUUUCCAACAUGACCAAGAAGAGAAGGAAUAACGGUCGUGCCAAGAAGGGCCGUGGACACGUCCAGCCCAUCCGUUGCACCAACUGUGCCCGGUGUGUGCCGAAGGAUAAGGCCAUCAAGAAGUUCGUGAUAAGAAACAUCGUUGAGGCUGCGGCAGUGAGGGACAUCACGGAUGCUAGCGUGUUUGACCCGUAUGUCCUGCCCAAGCUCUACGUGAAGCUCCACUACUGCGUGAGCUGUGCCAUCCACAGCAAGGUGGUGAGGAACCGCUCGACGGAAGCUCGCAAAGACAGGACCCCUCCCCCUCGCUUCAGGCCAAGUGGUGGUGCACCGAGACCUGCUCCAAAGCCCAUGUGAAGAUGCAGCACCCUUCCAUUCUGUAAAUUUUUUUGUUGACAAUUUAAAUAAACAGAUACAAAUCUGGAAA